AUGGCCUUUCCUAUUCUUCAUCUUUCGUUUUCCUUGCUCAUUAUGCUACCUCCUUUUGCUGUUUCUCAAACUGGUGGUAAUAUAACUGUGGGUGCUUCCCUUUCCACUUCUGAAAACACCUCAUGGCUCUCACCUUCUGGUGACUUUGCCUUUGGUUUUCAUCCACUAAAAAACCAUAGUGUGGUAUCGGAAAGGGACGACAUUAAGGUCAUCACAGGAAUAGUGCUCUUGGUUAGCUCUGUAUUUGUCAACUUUAUAUUGAUCAGUACAUUAUGUUUCUGUUCUUCCUUCAUUUACCGCAACAAAGUAGCAAAUGUUCGAGAAGAAAACAAUGUGGAGUCAAACUUGCGUUCAUUUACAUACAAAGAGCUCACAGAAGCUACAGAAGGCUUCAAGGAUGAACUGGGGAGAGGAGCUUUUGGUGGUGUUUACAAGGGUGCGAUAAAAACAGGUUUUACUAAUUUUAUUGCUGUGAAGAAGUUAGAUGGCGUGGUUGAACAUGGCGAGAAGGAAUUCAAAACCGAAGUGACUGUGAUCGGUCAGACGCAUCACAAGAAUUUGGUCCGAUUGUUAGGAUUUUGUGACGAGGGGCAGCAUCGUUUGUUGGUGUAUGAGUUCUUGAGUAAUGGCACUCUAGCCGAUUUUCUUUUUGGAAGCUUAAGGCCUAGUUGGAAGCAAAGAACUCAGAUUGCCUUCGGCAUUGCAAGAGGACUCUUGUACCUACACGAAGAAUGUAGCACCCAAAUCAUUCACUGUGACAUAAAGCCGCAGAACAUUCUUAUUGAUGACUACUACAAUGCUCGGAUAUCAGAUUUUGGAUUGGCAAAACUUUUGGCGAUUAAUCAGAGCCAAACCAAAACUGCCAUUCGAGGAACAAAAGGAUAUGUUGCUCCUGAAUGGUUUAGGAACACACCAGUCACUGUGAAGGUUGAUGUCUAUAGCUUUGGUGUCUUGCUGCUAGAGAUCAUCUGUUGUCGGAGAAGUGUAGAUCUGGAGAUCAGUGGAACUGGAGCUAUAUUGAUCGACUGGGCUUAUGACUGCUAUAGGCACGGAACGCUUGACGCUUUGAUUGAAGAUGACAUGGAGGCCAUGAAUGACGUAUCAACACUAGAGAGGGCUAUGAAGGUUGCAAUUUGGUGCAUUCAAGAGGUGCCAUCUCUUAGACCCACCAUGAGGAAGGUGACACAGAUGCUUGAAGGAGUUGUUGAAGUGCCUGCUCCACCGAAUCCGUUCCCGUUCAGUGAAAUUAGCUGCUCCUGAAAACAACAGUAACUGCCUUAAUUUCAACUAGUUAUGAUUUUUCUGACUCUGGUUGUAUCCAUACUCAUCUAAUGAUUCAUCUGUUGCCAGUAUAUUCAUUUCUCAUCCAAUUCUACGUGAUAGAAGUGCAAAACAUUAUAGUUUUCUUCAAGGAGCUUUUCAUCUUGUCCACAGCUGAGUGUUUAUUACAGUUAUAUGGAUUUCGUCAAGAUUAUUUCUCAAA